AUGGCUUCAAUCACCCAAGCCUAUUGCCUCUGUCUCCGCCCACCUCGGGGGAGCGGGGUGGGGCCUGGGCUCACUCAGGAUGCGUGCGCAGCUCGCUACCUGACCGUUGCCGGUCUCCGUCACAAGCUUCCGGUUACCUGCCGGCCCGGGAGGCCGCUCUCCCACCACCGUCCUGGACCCUCCAUCACUGCAGACGCCCCCGAGACGGGGGCCCCGAACCCCAGGGCUCAGAAGCGGCCAUCUCCCAAGUCUGGCCAGGCUGAUGGAGCCAGUGAGGAUUCUCUGCACCUUGACAUUCAGAAACUGAAGGAGAAGAGGGACCUGCUGGACAAAGAGAUCUCCCAAUUCAUAUCUGAAGGCUACAGCGUGGAUGAACUGGAGGACCACAUCUCGCGGCUCCACGAGUACAAUGACAUCAAGGAUGCGGGCCAGAUGCUGCUGGGCAAGCUGGCUGUCAUCCGAGGUGUCACCACCAAAGAGCUGUAUCCAGAAUUUGGCUUGGACAUGAAUGACUGAGCCAAGCCUAACAGCCCCUUGUCCAUGGUCCAUGGGGACAGGCAGAUUUGGACAUUAGAGGCGGUGAGAACCUGAUCAGAACACCCACCGACUUCCCACCACGGAAGUAUCAGAAGUGCUUUUCCAGAGAGCUCAAGCUGAGUGAGGAGGAGCCGAGAGAAGAGGCAGGCAGAGAAGGGCUGUGCCCCACUCCAAGUUUCCCGAAACGUCCAGUGAUAUCUAUGUGUGUGUGUGUGUCUCCUAUUUGUAAAUAAACUUACAGGCAAUCUUGAUAUAAAUCUGUA